GGCUUCAAGAUGUCUGUAUAUCACGACGAAGUUGAAAUUGAAGACUUUGAAUAUGAUGAGGAAACUGAAACAUACUAUUACCCUUGUCCAUGUGGGGACAGGUUUGCCAUUACAAGGGAAGACCUUGAAAACGGCGAAGAGGUCGCGACCUGCCCCAGUUGCUCUCUGAUCGUGAAAGUAAUUUACGACAAGGAAGAGUUUAUGUGUGGAGAAACGAUUGAAGCCCCAGCAAAGUCUGAGACCAAACUGGAGUUGGCACAGAGAUGAUAAUGAGAUCUCUCUCUCUCUCUCUCUCUCUUUCACGUCAGCGCACACUAACCCUGCUUCUAAACGACAGUACAGACCUUAUAACCUCACCACGAAACAGAACGAA